AAAUCAGACCAUUUCUUUCCUCGUACAUACGCAGUGAUCUGAUGGAUGAUGACUGGGAUCUCCACGCCGUGGUGAGAGGCUGCGCCGCCAGCUCAACAACCACUACAGUCUCCACCACCGCCGCCACCGAUGCCCCUUUUCCACCUUUCCAUGACAACGGCCCAAACCCCUUCGAUUUUUCUGUGAAUGUCGGAAACGAUCCUUUCCAAGGUUUGCGAGAAAUCUACCAAGAAUUCUGCGGCGAGGAUCCACCGCCAACCUCCGCCGUCGCCGCCGCCAGCGUAAUGCCCUCUCCGCCGCUGCCGCGUCAAGAUUUCAUGCAGUUCAAGCCGCCGCCGCUCCGAUUGAAUAUGCCAAUUCAUGAAAAUGUACGGUUUCACAUAGGCUCUUCCCAUCAAAAUUAUCCCGCCGCGAUUCCGCCGCCAGUUCGGCCACGGAGAAGGAAAAACCAGCAGAUGAAAAUGGUGCGUCAAAUGACACAAGAAGAGCUCUCCGCCGAUUCAUGGGCGUGGCGAAAAUACGGCCAAAAACCCAUCAAAGGCUCUCCAUAUCCGAGAAACUACUACCGGUGCAGCACAUCGAAAGGCUGCGCCGCAAGAAAGCAGGUGGAGCGGAGCCCGAACGACCCGGAGAUCUUCGUGGUCUCGUACUCGGGCGAGCACACGCACCCGCGCCCGACUCACCGGAGCUCGCUCGCCGGAAGCACCCGCGCCAAGCUGGCUUCUCCGCGGCCUAAACCGGGCGGAAAUGGCGCGCUUUUGUCUCAAAAGGGCCCGAUGUCGGCGGCUGCGGCUUCUUCCUCUUCGUCGCCGGCGGCGGUAGCGAGUUUCUCGCCGGCGACUCCCUCGGUGGAAGGCGAAGGUGCGGCGCAGAGCGAGGACGUGAAGAUGGGCGAGGGGGAAGACGGCGGCGGAGACGACGACGAGAAUAUAAUCAUGAUCCCGAGCGAUAUGAUGAACGAUGAUGACGACAUGUUCACUGGAUUUCAGGAUUCCGAUGGUCACUCCAGCGGCGGAGGGGACUUGUUUUCCCCUGGUUUGAUGUCUUCACCGCCGUGGACGCCCACCGGAUCCGCCGCCGCCACAUUCAACGCCGGUGGCGGAGGAAGUCAUUGAUCUUUAAUUUCUAGAUACAUUCAUAGGAAUCAAGGACAAGGAAUAUCUAUCUUCCAUAAAUAUUUCUACUAUAAUAUAUUCUAAUUUGUAUCUUAGCAUUAAAUAUCUGUUUCUAAUUUGUAUAUUAAUAUUUGCUGAGAUUAUUUUUGGACUUGUCGACGACAUGUACC